GCGCGCAGGUUGGCCACCCAGCCGUGGACGUCGCGGCCCGCGCCCCGCUCGAACGCUGGUGCCGAAGGCACGGGCGGCGGUGGCCGUCGGACGAGAUGCUGGGCGCGGCUGGGCACUGCACUCCCCGUACCUUCUGGCUUUCGGGUUUCCAAGCAAAGAUUUGCAAGCCUAAUAUGUAAACUAGACAAUAGCCAGGAAUCCCAUUACUUCAUCCUCUUCUGCUGCUUCUGCCUCUAAGGUACGAGUGCGUCCACCCGGCCCCAUGUGAAAGCCGCUAGCUUAAAGCGUGUCCUGAAGUUGACCAGAUAGCUCUGUCAGACUCAGCCAUACAAAGGAACAAAGUCCUGACACAUGCUGCAGCAUGGAUGAACCUUGCAAAUAUGAAUGACGUCCGUCCGACAGAUAAGCAGAAACGAGCUUCGCACGUCCAGAAGCAGAGCCAGGAGGCAGAUCCCAGCGGCACACCCCCACAGACACAAGUGCUUUCAAGGUGGGAAUCUCUGACUCUUGGAUCCUGAGCAGCUGGCUCCUCUUGACCCCUCACCCCAGGAGAAAGGACCAGGGUGGCAAACGUCCAGAGCCUUGGAGAUAGGCCUAAGCCUGAUUCUGGAUUCUUCCCAGAGGCCCUACUCUGCUGCUACCCACGCCUCGCCUUACAGAUGUCUUCCAACCAAAACUGAGGCCACAUGGUCUGAAGACAAAGAGAUGCCCACCCUGUCUCAUCUGCUUCCUCUCCUGACCCCUGUCUCUCCAGAUGCCUUCGACUCCUGAGCAGCCCUCUGGGCACACGGAGGGACUCCCUACAUCAGAGCUGGGUUCGUGGCCCCCACUGCCCUGCGGGCCCUGCAUCCCCAUCAUGCUGGCCCUGGCCUCCCUCUCUGCACUCUUCCUCCUAACAACAGCCGUGUUGGCCGAACGCCUGUUCCGCCGCUCACAGCACCCAGACCCCAGCACCCAUGCACCCACCCUGGUCUGGCGCCCCGGAGGAGAACUGUGGAUUGAGCCCAGGGGCACCCCCCGAGAGCGCUCCGAGGACUGGUACGGAUCUGCGGUCCCCUUGCUGAUGGACCAGGCCCCAGACCCCCCCAUCCCCGGGGGCACCUUGGAGGCCCACGCAACAGCCCCACCUGCCCCUUUAGCCCCACUCUCCCCGUCCGGCUCCUUGGUCCCCCGCACCCCACCCAGGGCCCCAGCCCGCAGCACCUUCUGGGGGCCUCAGGCCUUGAACGAGAGGCCCUGUGUCCCGGGCUUGGUGAGCUGGGCUGAGUCGGAACAGAGGCCAGAGGCCAACGUGUACUUGGGGAGCCCCCAGGCCCAGAGGCAGCGACUAGGAAGCCCUGACCCUGAGUGGGGCCUCCAGCCUCGGGUGACCCUGGAGCAGAUCUCCGCUUUCUGGAAGCGUGAAGGUCGGACCAGCGUGGGGUUCUGAAUCCCCAGGGCCUGGAGGAUUGGCCUCCCAAAGACCCCUGAGGAAGGCCCUACCUCAGAGAGUCUCUCCGACGCCUUAAGGCCCUGAAGCUCCAGCCCAGGAACCCAAGCUGAUACUUGGGCCCCUGGGGAAGAAUGCCGCACACCCGCCGCCAGCCUUUUACAUCUGGAUUUCAAUUCCCUGGAUCUGGGGCCAGGGGGGCUCCGUGUGGACAGAGCCGGUGCUCCAGAGGAAGCCCAGAGGUGCCUCUCUUUGGCUGCCCAGGCCUGCGGCACAGAGAAUUGGGGAUGGGGCCGACUCUGGGCCAGAAGCCACCAAAAUCACGUUGCAGAUUAAGAUCUCAAGGUACCAGAGAGGCAGAAAAUAGCAUCAUCACUGAGGCUUCCACCUUCCUUGUGCACCUAAGAUGCUGGGAUCCGAGUGCGGGGGUCCCGUGGAUGCUGAAGAACAGGCUGAGUGUGGAUGACGAAGGUCAGUCCCGCCAGCAGGAGGGGACAGGAAGCCAGCCUCCCAGAGCCACAGAUCAUGCCUCCAGGAAAACUAACACAGAGGUCAAGACCAGGCAAAGGAGCGUCUUAUUACACCUCAACUGUGGCUUUGACCCCCAACUUGCAACAGGGACUUGGUCAGCCAAACUGGAGAGGCCCCUUCCUUGCCUACAGCUGGGACCUCGCGUCAAUGGCAGGCAGCCCUCCGACUCUGACCCCCUGCAGGGGGAGGGAGGCCAGCCAAGGAGAUGUGAGUUUGAUCCAAUACGGAAAGGAACACUGUCCCAGGGCAGAGCGGCUCCUAAUAUGCGGCCUCUGGCCACCUUCCCUCCCAGCUUGCUGGAUCAGUCCAGAGAGACAGAUUUGCCGCAAGGCAGGCUUAUUUAUAAAGCUCCAUCCUGAAGAAAUGGAGCCCAGAGAUGUCCUUGGCCCUACAGCCAUCUGUCUGAGCUGAUCUCCUCUCUGGGAGAGGAGCUAGGAGCUGGGGAGAGGGGAAGGGGUUUCCGUUCCCAGGGGUCCGACUUCCCCAACUUCACUCAUGAAUGUUAGGAUUUUUGUCGGACCACUUUACCACCCCUGUACUAUUCUUUACUUUAUAUUUUUCUUUAA